AUGUCUACAGUUCAGUUAAAGUUUUCACGAGGAUGCGUCGUUUACUGCUGAUACAAAUUACAUUAUGGAGCUUUGUGAGUGCCAUACCGCAGGAGGAUUUGUCGCUUAUUAAGCAGGUGGAACUGCUGUGUGAGAACACGUACAAAUUAAUAAUGCAAAACAAACUUGAAUUUUGCACAUAUGCAGCCAAGGAAGUUGUAGAUUGUAAGGCUGCGAAUGAGACUGAAUUGGAAAAGUGGCAACACUGGCUCGAUUUGUCGAAUGCUGAAAGGUUUAAUAUAACGGAAAAUGAAAUACUAAACUACAAAGUCUUAACAGAUGUACAAAGGGUGCUUUUGGAGAUAAACAUGAUAACUGCGGACGGCAGUUCGCGUUAG